GACGUGGACGGCGGUCAGCUGCUGCCCACGCUCAGACUACUCUGUGUUGGCCUGGUUCUGAUCGGCACGUUCAAACUGCUGGCGGGCGUACUCGGAUGCGUGGGAGCUCUCAGGGAAGACAGCUGCAUUCAUGGCUUUUAUUUCUGCUUCAUAACGAUAACGAUGUGCGCCGAGAUGACCGUGGGAAUAUUCAGCUACAUUCACGAGCAGAAUACAGACGAUGCCCUAGCUGCUGCCCUCGGACGGAAGCUCGUCAAGUAUUACGGUGUGCCGAGCUAUGACACUGAGACUAUGGCCAUCGACUUCGCACAGUACAAGUUUCAGUGCUGUGGCAUCCGCUCGCCGUCCGACUACGACUUCUCCCGGUGGCGUGUGGAGGAGAUGGGCGGCGCCCAGCUGCGGGUGCCGCUGACCUGUUGCGCCCUGAGCCGGGGCUCGGCCCACCCCUACCUGAACCCGCGACCCCGGGACGUCCACGCCUGCCAGACGAGACAGCCCGAUGUGCACCAGGCGGAGAGGCACACACAGGGCUGCCUGCAGAGCAUCAAGCGCUGGCUCGCCAGGGAGACGACGCUGCUGACAUCUGUCGGCCUGGGAGUCGGCUGCCUCGAUCUCCUAUGCUUGGUGACUGCCGUAUUUUGGUGCCGGCGAGUUUCGGCUGGCAGUGACAUCGGGCGGAAGUCUUGGGAACUAUCACUAUGACGAGACAGACUCCAGUUGUGUUAAGCUGGGAUGAUUGCGCGCAAGAAAGAAGUGAAUGAGAACUAUGCUCCCUACGGUUUAAUCCGCCAGGCAAAAAUACAUGAUCAGUCACGA